AUGAGAGCGGCGGCGUCGGCAGCAGGUUCGGAUCCGAAGCGAGGUCGUGACGUCGGCCUACACGCAGAAUCCUUGACUCGGCGCUGCUUGCCAGAACUUAUCCUCACUUAUCGUAACAGUCCCGCCGUUAGUUACCGACCUAUUACGACGAGUCGAGUUUGCGUUUCGCUGUUUCUUCAAACUACCCCACUCUGUUCACGACUUCUGAACACCGAUUCGGUCGUUGGGGUGUCACUUGUCUCCGUGGGGAUUCUGCCCUGGUGGAGUGGGAUGCAGCGCGGCAACCUCGAUUUGGAUUCCGUUCCCGUUGAUGUCCGGGGGAAGACCUUUGACGUCGGGAAGAGACGAAUGGUUGGCAAGUUUGAAGCUGACGCUAAGGAGAUUGGUUUGGCAGUGAGGAUUGGUGCACUGAACAAUGGGCAGAUGGAAGUUGUGAUCGUUUUCGUCUGUGCAAUAUCCGCGCAAUUAGCGAUAAACCGCCGGGGCGAGUGGCCUGUUCAUUAUUAUCCUAUACUUGAAAAUUCGAUCAUCGUGGCUUCCAAUGAGAGAGAAUUGGGGGAGUUCGCGGGCAACUGCAGGCUAUGCAGUCGCAUUCGCCUGUGGGAGCUCCCGGAUCGGUACGUGCUGGAACCGACAGAUGGGUUCUCACCAGCUCAGUGCCUUGCCAUUAGCCGUGCAAAUGGCGAAAUAGUUCCACUUGAUCAUGUGCCAAGUGGUCACAUUCAUCAGCGUGUGCUUGAGGGGGAAGCCUAUGGAGUCGCUGGCAUCAUUCGGUUACUGGCAGGUGCAUACAUCCUUGUGGUAACUGGACGUGAGGAAGUGGGGUCGUAUCGUGGAUCACCUGUCUACAAAGUAACACGAAUGCAGUUUCUCUACUGCAAUCAAAGACUGGGAGAUGUGUCUCCAGAAGAGAGACGGGAUGAAGCGCAUUAUAUAAGCUUGUUGAAAGUAGUGGAGACUUUUCCAGGUCUUUAUUUCUCAUACGACGCGGAUUUAACACGCACUGCCCAGGCGGCGACUAUGGCUCGUUCGGAGCUACAUAGGCUGCCUCUGCACCAGCAGGCUGAGUCUAGAUUCCUGUGGAACGAAUACUUGCUUCAAGAAUUCACCAAUUCAAAGUUGGACCCCUUUAUCGUGCCCAUAAUUCAAGGCAGUUUCCGAAGUGCUCAAGCAACUGUGAACAACAGAAGUGUGAAGCUGACUAUUGUUUCCCGCCGGUGUAUGCGCCGUGUAGGUACCCGCAUGUGGAGGAGGGGCGCCGACAGCAAAGGCAAUGCUGCCAACUUCGUUGAAACAGAACAAAUUCUAGAGGCUGAGGAUUUUGUUUUCUCUUAUGUGCAGAUUCGUGGUUCAAUUCCUAUUUUAUGGGAGCAGAUCGUGGAUCUGACCUAUAAUCCCACCAUUACUGACUUGAAUCAUGAAGAAACGCCAAAGGUGGUGGAGCAGCAUUUUGAAGAUCUAUAUAACCGUUACGGAGAUGUUGUGGCGGUGGACCUCAUCAAUCAGCAAGGCCCAGAAAGAGUUUUGAGUGUCGCUUUUGCUAAGGCAAUGGAGAGCAUCUCCAGUGAUUCUAUCAGUGUCUGUAGGUACGUGCCGUUUGAUUUCCAUCACAUCUGCGGCCAGUUGGAUUUUACGCGUCUGGACACUGAUUUGUAUCCUAGUGUUGCUGAGGAUCUGAGCAAGCAAAGCUUCUUCAUGAAGAAUUCAGAAGAGGUUCUACAAAAACAGGAGGGUGUACUGAGGACCAAUUGCAUCGACUGUCUAGACCGCACAAACGUCACUCAGAGUAUGUUCGGACGGAAAGUACUUGAAGUCCAACUAAUAAAGUUAAACCUAUUUCAACAAUCUGAAAAGUUGGAGCAGCACCAAGACUUGGACAAAGAAUUUAAACGCAUGUGGGCUGAUAAUGGAGAUGACAUAAGCAUGCAGUAUGCUGGUACUCCAGCACUCAAGGGCGACUUUGUUCGAGGCAUAUCGCUAUGUCUCUGGAGUGUUGUGGGCAGGAAUAGCAGCAGGAGUGACAGCCUUGGUUCGAGCCAACGGGCGAUUAUUUUGUAGUAGACCUCGUCUUUGUACAAUUCAGAACUGAUCUUCAUCCAACAGGUAGAAACUUUUGGAAGGCUAAGCUCUCUGCACGAAUGGUAAUGAAAGUUUUGAACUGAAGAAUCGUAACACAUAUUCUACCAAGUUCCGACUAGUUUUCAACUUCGUAUGUCGUAUCCAUGAGAUCUUCCUCUCUAGCUCCUUUAUACUGGGGUUCUGAAACAGAAUCCUAACCAUCAGAAAAGAUGAUCUGGUGUUUGUACCUGUGGUGUAGCUGCACUUGAAUUUUGAGGUGAUAAAACACUUUUAGUGCUGUGGUAUCAUGAUGCGACACAUUUGAGAAUUGGUCUGACAUUUAUAUAAAUAACUCUUGAAAAGA